UAUAUCGGGUAAACGUUUGGUCAGUAGAACUAGACGAAAGGUCUAAUGGCCGGAAUGGAGAAGAAGGAUGUCAGUCACAGAAGAAAAAAAUCGAGAAGAAAACGAUCGAAAGAAUCUACACAACGACACACUGACAAUGGGCACAGCAGCACCAUUAAAAACUCGACUGUUGACCCGUCUAGUUCCCCGACGAGAAAGCGCCACAGACACCACAGCAGCAGUCCUUCUGCAACAACGCGGAAACAUAAAUCGCACCAUGUCGUCAAAGACCAAAACCUCCGACCUAUCACCGACACGACCAGCCUGGUCUCGGGUAGGGAAAAAGAUCACGUGUCCAUCUGUUCGUCGCAGACGCUUCCCAGCCAGUAUCUACGUAACGUGAUUUACUAUCAAAAUCGAUUUAUCGUCCUUGAUUCACCGACACGCAAACCAAGAGGAAGAUCGUCCAGCGGAAACCUUUCCACAGAUGACCACGGCAGAAAGAACAAGCGAACCGGAAACCGUGCACUGCGCAAACUCGCCGGAAGUGAAGCGACGUUUGCAGACGACAGUUUUGGCGACAGCGAGACGAGCGUGUCGCGUGGGCCAGGUGACGGAAAGUCGUCAGGAAAGCGAAGACGAAAACAUAUGGAUAAGAAUUCAAAGUCUGUUACCAUGGAGACUCGGAAGGUCGUUCCAGAGAUUAGGGUCAGUGAUGCGGAUGGUUUUCGGAACACCAAAUCGAAUAAAGAAAAAUCCAUUUUGAAGAGGAUUGCCCAUGUUUUGAUGGAUGACCGGGUGAAGGGACGACCUGCCUAUGAGAUUGACUUACAGAACCACCCAGAGAAGUACAGACUGUUGAGGAGUUUAAAUGUCAUCCUUGUCACUGUGGGAGUCGCUCUCCUAGUAGCCGUGUGCAUAGUGAUCAUCUAUACUGCUAUAGGCGAAGAAUUCUUCGUGUCUUCGUUGAAAACUCUCGUCAGGUCUUUCAUCGUGUCAUUGUUUAUCAUGAUUAAUCACGUGUCCUCGCUUAUGUAAUCAGAACAAAACAUUAAAAUCACUUAAAGGCAUAUUGUCACAGACCACUCAUCUAUUCAAUGGUCCAACAAAGUAUUACCUGAGAAAAUAUGUAUUUGAUUUCUCCCUAAAUGUACAUUAUUCAACCAUCUACAAAACCACCAUACCCCACCUAUUACCUGAAAAAAUAUGUAUUUGAUUUGUCCCUAAAUGUACAUUAUUCAACCAUCUACAAAACCACCAUACCCCACCUAUUACCUGAGAAAAUAUGUAUUUGAUUUAUCCCUAAAUGUUCAUUAUUCAACCAUCUACAAAACCACCAUACCCCACCUAUUAAUGAUAUUUAGUAACAAAUAAUUUAAUUAUGGCAAUGGUCCAUAAUUCAAAAACCUAUAUUGCAGAGAGAGUUGACAUGGAUUUCACUUCAUCAUGGUUCACUUAAAGUGAUGCGAUAGCCAGAUUGGGUUUCCAAUCAUUGAUGCAAUUUUCAUUUAUUAUCCAUUUUUAGAGAAAUAAUAUCAUUAAAUCCGUGACUGUAUGCCUUUAACUAUUCUUCUGUAUUCAAGUUUAAAAGCUUUGAAAUCUGAACGAUAAAACUGUUAUUAAAACCAUAUCUCUGCACAAGGCAUUUGAAAGGGUAUUUUGGCCAAAUCAAUUUUUGGAAAUGUGAACAACAAAAGCGUGUUCCGUAAUCAAACCACAAUCUUUGCACAAGACAUAGUUGAAAGGGACUUUGACCAAAUCAAAUCUGAACGACAAAACCGUUUUCCGUAAUCAAAACCGAAACUUUGCACAAGACAGUUGAAAGGGCAUUUCGACCAAAUCAUGAUUACUUCUGUGAAUCUAUCUAUAUUAGAUGCCUCGACUAUAGGAAGACUACCACUCCCCAUGACAUCCUCUUCGGAACGUCAAAGAAGUCUUAAUUUUUAAUGGUGGCCUUGAUUACAAUUUUAGUAUAAUUAUUAUAUAAUUCCAAUCUGUAAAUAUUUUCUUUAUAUAUAAAUCCUUAGUUUCAUUUAAAUGGUACCAUGUAACUUAAAGAAGGUCAAUGUUCAUCACUCUAGACUUUUGGCAAUGAUUAGAAAACAAAAUAGAUCUUUGCAGCUGUUUUCUUUAAUUAAAAUGAAUAAGAUAACUGUUUAAGUUAUUUGUUAAUGUUGAAUCAGUAAACAAAAUUCUUUAAAAUUGUUGUGAAAAAGUGAGAGAACUCCCUCAUUCAGCUACUGACGGAAAAAAAACCCCGAAGAACGCGGAUUUCCCUCAUUUCGUGUAUUAAUUUUCUGAAAAAAAGAGUUCAGUCGUUAUUUUAUAAUAUUUUACAAUUAUUAAAUAGCUGUAUACUCAGAAAUUUACAAAUUGAAUAUGAUCAUUUCUAGCACCUAUCUAUUUGUUAAUGACACCAGUAAAACGUUUUGAUUAAAAGGGCUAUAAAUUACAAACCGCGUAGGGCCCUAUGGGCAACCUAGGGAGACACCACAGCGUCGUAAAGGUCUAAAAUUAACGAGCUAC